GACCACCGGAUGACAAGUCUCAACAGUCUUUACGCACGGAGAGCGCACGGAGAGUUUGCGAGCACGCAUGGGGGUCGCUCCCUUUCAGGCUGUCCAUGGCCUCCUCGCCCCGGCGGGCAGCUCCGAGACUCUGCCAAACCUCCCCGAUCUCCCUUUUCCUCUCUCUACCUUUCCUGUGAAGAAACAAGCCGGCGUUACGUCAGAAAGUGCAGGGCAAGCAACACUGCGUCUUAGGAGCUAUUCGUAGGCAUUGCUGCCAAACCCGGCUUGGGGCUGCUCACGAGCUCACUGCAGCCAAUGCAAUUUACAAAUCCAACUCAUUUAAAACUGCAGCAGUAUGUGGUCUCUGUUGCUGGCACAAUUGCGCAAAAACCCCAACAGUUAAAGCGGUUUAAAGAUAAGAGGAAAGUAGGCUGGUUUCACUGACACCACCACGACAUGAUGAGGCAACAGAGACUUUUGACGCACAGAGAUUUCUGCAGCAUUUUUUUUGUGUUUGAUUCUUUGCUGAUCUGAAAAAAAAAAGAAAAAAAAAACAACAUGCCCCACGCUCGAAAUAGGAACCCCAGCCCCAUCCCGGAGGUAACAUGGGACACGGGAUUGAAGGAGAUGAACGAGACCUGGAAAGGAGCUAUCGCCUGUCUCGGGGUGGCCGUCUUCUUCGUAAUGACAAUCGGGAUCAUAUACUGGCAAGUGGUGGACCAGCCCAACAAGAACUGGAUCCUCAGGGGGACUUUUAGCGGACUGAUCUGGGAGAGGAGAACCCACUCGCUGGUCAUACAGACCCUGGCGGAGGACAAGACCUAUGUGGAGAUAGAUGUCGGGAACGUGGGGAACCCCGACGCCGAGGUUCCCUUCGUGAGGAACCUGUGCUGGCUGAACAAGACGGAGUUCUGUUAUACGUGGGACGCGGUGGCCGAGGUGAAGAUCUCGCUGGAGGUGAAUGAAGAGACGGAGACUGAGUGCUACAGCAUGACAUGGGCGCCGGUGCACUGUCAUGUGGAGCUGAAGGACUGCUUCUCCAUGACCAAUGUGUCCUGGUACGGCGGAGCCAGUGUCCGGGGUCAGACGUGGCCCAUCAACGAUCAGAAUGCCACCAUGCAGCCCUUCGUCGUCAGCGACCUGAAGGACAAUCCUUCUGGCUUCGGCUCUGCCCUGGAACGCUACUUCCUGGGAUCAUCAGGUGUUGCAGUCCUCGUGUCCCCCGACAUCCCCCUGCAGCUCGGGGUGGACAGCAGGCAGCAGUUCUGCCUGCAGUCGCUGCCCAGUAUGGAGCGUCUCCCUCUGCAGUACACCGUGUGUGUGGCCCGCGACGUGAAAGCUGCUCACCAGGAAGCCGUGCAACAGCUCUCCCGGCCCGGCAGGGAGCUGCCCAACAUGAAAGCGCUGUGGCUGCCGUUCUGGAAGCUGCUCACCAACGUGGACUCGGGCCCGAAGGUGGAGAGGGAGCUGAGGAUCUUCUCCAAUCGUCUGAGGAGACACCAGCUGGGGGAGGGAGUCAUCAGCCUCAGUGAACAUUCCACCACCCUCCUCUCUGAUAUGGACCAUGACUACCUCAACGUCAGGAAAAGGGGGAUGUCCAAGAGACUGACCAGAGACCUCCCGCUUGUCAAGCUUCUUAACAUUUCCAUCACCCUGUCCCCUUUCCUGGGCGUGGACACCACGCAGUUCCACACCUCCCUCGUGGACGGCACACAGGCCCACUGGCUCAGCCUCCCCUCAGCCCAUCAGGGAAAACUGGUCCCCGUGAUGAGUCAGUGGCGAGGAAAGUUCUGCGUGAAGCUGAACAUCACCAACCCAGGAGCGGUGAGCUGGUUCCUGGACAGAGUGGGAUCCCUGCAGGCCCUUCUGGGGAUGGAGUACAUCAUGCUGGAGGGGGGUGAGGGGAACGUGUUUGAGGAGCGGACCCUGCGGGCGCCACAGGAUCUGGGUGGAGACAAGUACGUCAGCCAGCUUGCUGACCUGGCCACGAGGAUGGGAGACUCCACCAUCGUGACGGCAGGGACACGGUCGAGCCACAAGCCGCUGUUUGUGAGGAUGACCCCCCUGCAGUCCGACUGGAGCCUGAUGGGCCUGAAGGGCAUCAUUCCCUCCCUGCUGCACCACACUCUGCUGGGAUACAACUUCCUCAUUCCUGAUGCAGUAGGUGGCUCUCUGUCUGGAGACCUGGUCACAGAUGAGGAGUUGUUCAUCCGUUGGUUGGAAAUCGCAGCCUUCCUCCCUGUAGUGAGCUUCCACACGCCCCCCUGGGUCUGCGGGGAGGACUGGGUGCUCAACCUCACCCGGGCCUACAUAGCAAAGCACCAGAGGGAUGUGGUCCCGCUGAUAAAAGAGUGCGCAGAGGAGUGGCGGGUGACGGGAAACCCCAUCUACCGGCCGAUAUGGUGGCUCAGUCCCAGUGACCCCGCGACCUUCACCAUCGAUGACCAGUUCCUCAUCGGAGACAAGGUCCUGGUGGCACCAGUGGUGGAGCAGGGGGCGGUGCAGAGGGAUAUUUAUCUACCUGACGGGGGCUUUCAGUGGCAGGACAGCCGGAGCGCUCAGGUGUUUGACGGGGGGACGUUUCUACAGGACUACCCUGUGCCCCUGGAGGAGGUGGCCGUGUUCUUACGGAGAAGCUGAACGGUGUGACGGAUCCGCCCGGACCUCACCUGACUUAUCCUGUUACUGUUUUGAAUCAAAUUCUUCUUCUUCUUUUUUUUAAUACUUGUGCUGUUUCGCACUUUUCCACUAAAGACCAUUGACUCUGUCUCAAGACUUGAGAUGAUAUGUAGAAAGAUUUUUUUUUUUAUACUUGCACUUUACAGUUCAAAAUUAUUUGUAUGGUUUUCUUUUUUCCUUCGUGACGAUUUUUUCUUCCUUUUUUAAAAAUGUUAAUUGGUUUUACCUCUCGGCUGAUUUGUUUCUGGACUUUUUUUGGGGGGUGUAUGUAACUUCGGAGAAAUCUGUGCGUUUACAUACUGAAUUUCUACAGUCUUUAAAGUUUUUAGUUGCUGCUGGCUCUCUUGAUGGAAUCUGAAUCUCUCAAGAAGACCAAAUGAAGAUGGAGUCGGACAGGGGAAGACGUUUUGAACUGGGCUUUUUUCGAGGGGAAACGCUCACUGGGAUGACGCUCCGUGGUACCGUAUGUCUCGCUCACCCAUUGGAAAAGGCCUCUACUUGAACUUGUCAGGCCAAAGGGCUGAUGUUUUUAUGAAUGUACCUCAAGUUAUGGUUUUUCACUGCUUUGCAGAGUCAUCAGACACGACGACCUUUUCGCCCCUUAGCACUUAUUCUCAGACUAGCUUGACUUAAUGAAGAAUCAACAUACCACUCUGUUGGACACCUCUGGAUGUCCUUUAGUACUGUAGGCCACAUGAACGUGAGGCCAUGCUACUGUCAAUGUAGCUCUGACGUUAUUUAAAUUUACAUUAGAUUGAAAUUUCUUACUAACCUGCUGUAGUCGGGCCUUUUAAACAAGCUGCUUGUUUUUAAAUAACUGUCUGAUGUUGUGUUGAAAUGCUCUUUGCUUAGUGCCAGACGAAGUGCUAAAGAAAGCCUUGUUGACAACACCACGGAUGUGGAAGGGAUAUUUAAGAUAAGUAGUGUUGACAUUUUAUGGACUUAUUUGCUUUCAUGCAGAGGGUUAGAUGACGCUCCCGUGUCUGUGCAGUAAAUAAGAAGUGACCGCGGCUCAGCGUAAAGACAGGAAACAGCCGCUCUGGUUCCAAUCUGACAACCGGCACAUUUCACAUGUUCUGUCUGGUUUAAUUAAUCCUUCGGUUUUAUGCUAAGCUAGGCUAACUGUGUCCUGUCUGUAGGUUUCCUAUUUAACAGAGAGACACGAGCAUGAUAUCAAACUUCUCAUCUAACUUUCAACAAAAAAUUGUAUAUGUGUUUUUCCCAAAACGUCCAACAGUUCCUCUAAUAGGACAGAAUUUGGGCUCUUGAGACCCCAGAAUACAUUUGUUCGAUGCUCUAUGAAGUAUAUUGCAGCCAUGUUUGAUUUACCGGAAAUUGUUGAAAGCAUCACCUGAUGUUUAAAGUCACUGAGGUGCCUGAACCUUCAGUAGGUUGUAAAAGUAAUUACAGCCCUCAUGUGAACCUCCAUGUAUUCUACUCUUUGGACUGAUCUCAUAAUCACAUUCACUUCCAUGGAAAAGAAAAUGAGAUCUAAAUCAUAACUGAUUAACUUAAGACUAUAUUGAACUAGUAGGACACUGAGCAUUGUGCAAACCUCCGCCAAGGCCCAACAGUCCCCUUCUGAAACCACUACAUCUGCACCAUAUACCACACACUCAUAAAUACCAGUGCCCGAAAUCAAGAUCCAUGAGUUAUUCUCUAAAGAAAUCGAAAAAUGUUUAAAAAACGGAGAAAUCCAACAACCUUUGCACCCCGACACAACGCUGUGUGUACAGUUAGUGAACAGACAGUGCUUCUCCUGAUUGGUUUGUUCUUCACGACACAAUCUUAACUAACAGCGAUGAUCCCGGCUGCAGACUCAUCACUUAGCGAACGCUUUACCACUAAACUCACCGUGUGACUUUUACCGAGUUUACUGUAUCGACUCCAAAAACACUCAGGUCUAACUGAAGCUUAUCAAAUCACCAAAUGUCUUAGUGCAACGCAGUAAGUUGUGAACACGCCAACGUCUUAAUCUCCCGGAGCUGAAUGUACAAUGGACAAACUGUGACUCCCCCCCAACCCUGCUGGCUCCUUUCUCGUGUGAGGAGCUGUUCUAGCUCCCUGUUCUGAUGCUUUUCAUGGAAUGCUGUGGUAUAUUCACGUUGAAGUUGCAGGAAAAAAACGCUUUUGUUGUGUUGUUAUUCCUUCCCUCCGCAGACUGAGUGAACACGACCCCCCCAUGUGCCUUAACACGCCACUCUUACGUCUGGACAAUGCAAGUGUCUGGACUAUUGCAGAAUCAGCAAUGUACAUAUUACGAUGACUGUGCCAUUACAAGUGUUUCUUCUUCUCUCUUCUGUAAAUCAGAGAACUUAGAAUGACAACGUUGCAAUAAAGUUUACAUUUUCUUACUUCA